AUGCUUAAGUACAAUAUUCCAGCGGUGAGCAUCACUGGACAGCAUGGCCGCAUUUGGACGACAAAGCCAACGCCAGGGCACAGCGGCCUUGUCGCUGUCCUGCAAGUCCCUGCAAGCAAGGUCUCUGAAGCUGUCAGAUCCCCAGACUUUACAGUGGCAGCGAUGGAGCGGCGGGCAGACUUGUUGGUGACAGCUGAUACCCGGGGCCAGGUGUACGUGUUCGACAUCCGCCAGAAUCGCUUCUCGUGCCUAGACAGGACAGGAUUUCAAGGCACCGCUGCCCUAAUUCACGGGCCGCGCGUGAUCUUUGUGGCCUUUGCUGACAGCAGUAUUCGCUGCUAUGACGCAUCCAAGGGGACCGUUACUGGCGUGCUGCGGGAGCACAGGAGUCCUGUACGUCACCUGGAGAUCAAUCGAGAGCUGAACGAGCUGCUAUCCACUUCGGUGGAUGGAGUGCUGGUGUGGGACAUACAGAAGCUACGGCGCAAGAGGGUGCUGGGGAGUGGCCCCUACGGCGCGCUGCAGGCCAGCUACACAGCGGACGGCCAGGCCAUCGUGACCCAAUUCAAGGUGCAACGGUCUAUGUGGGGCAGGCUAGGAAUUGAACAGCAAAAACAAGCGAAAUCUGAAACCCUAAGUCCCGGACAGAUCUGGGGUGGGGGUUGCGGAAGGGAAUGCGAUGGGGGACAGGAGGAUGCGAGGUUUUCUAUGAGGGCAGCAAGGGCAGUCCGGGAGCCUGAAAGCCUCACGGAUGGCAGCUUCUUCAUUUGGUCCGUGGGGAAUUUUGCACUGGUGCGCUCGUUCACGCUGCCGGUGGCGCCGCCGCUGCGACCCCUCCAAACGACCUUCUGCCUCAGCCCCGACGGCCAGCUGCUCGUCUCCUGCGGCCCCACGCUGCCCGUACUGCUGGUGUACAGCGUUAUCGGCGGCUUUCUACGGUACGGCAUUGGCCUGCCGGCGCCACCGUCGCAGCUCGACACAGGUCGUGGCGUCGGAGAGGGGGCUGCAGGGGCCGCUGCCGCAACCGCAGGCGCCGCCGCCGCAAAGGAGGCUGCCGCGGGGGCGGCGGCGCUGCCGGCGCUCGGUGCAGACGGCACCGGGCUGCCAGCAGCGGCAGCUGCACUGGCGGCGAAGUUGAGCAUGGCGAUUGGUGUACGGCAAGUGGCUUUCCUCCCGGAUUCGGCAACGGUGGCCGCUAUGCUCACGGACGGCUCCAUCGCGUUUGUGGAUGUGUUGUCGUGCAGCUGUGUGGGCGCCGUGCCGUACAGCUUUCCCAACCGACCUGACGGCAGCUUCACCCUCGACGCCCGCGCGCAGCACAUGGCACUCACCGCCGAUGGCAAGCUGAACGACCUGGCCGCCGCCGUAGCUCUCGAGCACCUGCGGCAACAUCGGGCGCAAGAGCAACUGCAGUUGGAGAGCGCCAAGGACCACCAGCAGCAGCAGCCCUUCCCUGCUGCUGAGGAGUUCGAGGAGCGGCCAGACCUCAGCUGCGGGCUGGGGCGCGGGGCCCAAGCCAAGGCCUGGAUCUGGAUCCGCAACUGCGGGGGUAGCGGCUGCGGCGGCGCAGAGCGGGGCCCCCCAGGCCUUAGCCUUGCCCAAGACCCAGCAGGUGUGGUUAAGGCCCGUAAAAGGGUAGGAACGAAAAGAACCCAGCAGGCCGCCGGCGGGAGACCGCCUGUCAGCGGCGUCGCCAUGCAGUUGCGGACGGGUUCCGGAGCCGCCGUGGGCCGCCGCGGCGGCGGCGGCGGCGUCAAACCUGAUGCAGCGUCCUUAUCCCUAAAUCGCACCCGCUUGGAAGCUCUGCUGGAGGCCUUCGGGGAGUACCCCGCCAAAUACCGGCUGAUGAUCUGGGAGUUCCUGCUUCAGCUGCCCCACAACGCCGCUGCGUUUGCCUGCCUGGCUGGUCUGGGUCUGCACCCCGCGUUCAAGGACGUGCAGUCCAAGCUGCCCCUGGCCAAUCGGGCGCUGGCUCAGAGACUGGCAGCGACGCUGUCGCAGCUGGCGCACUGGUGCCCUGUGUUCGCCGAGUCGUCCUUCCUGCCGGACCUGAUCUUUCCGUUCGUCAAGCUGUUCGCCUCGGCGUCGGCGCUGCACCGCGGCAGUCCAGUUGCUGCUGCCGGCGCUCGGCGCCCUCGCAGCAGCGCGGCACUGGACGAGCGCUGUUUCGAGACUGUCGCCACGUUGCUGAGCUGCGGCUGGAUGAGGGGCUGGGUGGAUCUCAAAUUGGGUUGUGAGCUUGAGCGGGUCAGUCAGAGGUGUCCAGGAUUUAGGGAUUUCAAGGCGGUGCGAAGGGAACGGGCUUCGCGUACCAGGUCGUACCAGGACUUGUUGUCGCUGCAUGACGCCCCGCUGGCUGCCCACUUCAACACCUACCGGGGUGGCAUGGCGGGUGUGGUGUGGCCCCACCUCGCCACCCUGUGGACAGAGCUGCUCACGAGGAGUGACUGGCUGCGGCUGUGGGACCACUGCAUCACCGCCGGGCCCGACCUACUGUACAUGUUCGUGUGCGCCUACUUCAUCAGUCUGCGGGUUCAGAUCAUGGCCAUGGAUACGGACCACAAGCUAGCCAACUGGCUGGCGGGGCCGCCAACCAUCGACAUGGGCGAGAUCCUCAAGGUGGCCUACCUCCUCCGCGACCGAACACCCGAGCAGCUCCGCCCCGUGCCGAAUGAGUGGCAGCCGCUGCCUCAGGGCCCCACCUACGUCGAAUUCAAGGACUUCCCCGCAGGCGCAGUGGAGUUGUUCGCUGCGGACCGAGCUCGCAUCAAGGAGGCGGAGGACGCCAUCAUGCGGCGGAGGGCCGUAGUUUCGGAGCUGGAGUUGCGGACGCGUGCCGUGGCGCUGCAGGCCGCCUCCCUGUCUUCGGAGCGCCAGCAGCUAGCGGCCCUGGAGGAGCAGCGGCGGGCCAUGCUGCGGCAGCUGGAAGCGGAGACCGCCAGUGAGAUGGCCCGGCUGGACGACCGAGCCAAGGAGGAGAAGCUUAGGCAGAUCGCGGCGAUGGAGAAGGCGUACCAGGCCAAUCUGCUGGAGGUAAGGGCUACCUGGCAGCGCGAGCUGGAGUUCGCACGUGCCGAGAUGGCACACAAGCGGGCGCUGGCCGCGCAGCAGGUCCGGAGUCGCCAGGAGGAUGAGCAGAUCAAGGCCUUGGAGUUCCACGCGCAGCAGCGCAUGCGGGAAAUGGAAGAUGACGUACGGCGCACUGCCGUCGCAUCCGCCGUACGGGACGAGCUUCUGUCCCAGCAGAUGGAGGCGGAGGCCAAGCAGCGAGCCAAACUGAAGGAGUGGGAAAUCGAGGACGAGUCCCGCAAGCAGCGGUUGCAGCACGAGCAGGAGCGGCGCGCUCAGCUGGCCGUGGCGGCCGAGGAGAGUGCGGCACGCAGCGCAGCGGCCAGGGAGGCGCAGAAGCUGGCACUGCAGAUUGAUGACCAUGUCAUGACGUUGGAUGGCCAGAGACGGCUGCGGCGCAUGGCUGAGGACGCGGCGCUGGUGACUGCGGAGGCUCGCGCUGCGGAGGAAGCCCGACUGGCUGCCCGGGCUGCAGCUGAGCAGGAGGCUCUGAGGCUGCGGGCCCGGGCAGACAUGGCCUGGUACGAGGCGGAGCAGAUGAGGAGGGAGCAACUCCUGGAGCAGGAGCGGCAGCAAAUGGAGGCCGCAGCGGAAGCGGCCCGCAGGAAGCUGGCGGACACGGAGGCUGCGGCGAGGACCAUGGCGGUGCAGGCCGAGCUCCUGGAGAGGCGCAGGCACUUGGAGCGGCAGAACGCGGCGGAGGAGGCGCAUAUCCGGCGGCUGGUGGGCGUCAUGGCUGUGGAGCGCGGGCGAGAUGCCGUACUGGUUUCGGAUCUGGAGGCCAAGGAGGACGAGAUGAAGGCCAAUCUUGUGCACUACGCCCGACUGGGCAGUCUCCAACGGGAGGUGGAGGCCAGUGAGGCGGCUGCGGCGGUGACCCUGCUAGCCAAGCUGGACGAGCAGCAGCGCCGAGAGCUGGUCGAGCUGCGGAAGCUGCAUGACGAAGCUCUGCAGCGGCUAUCCAAGGAGAUGGAGGGGCAGGCCACUGAGGCGGCUGUCAAGCGGAGGUCUGAGCUGCUGGAGGAUCAGCUGGCGGCCAUUCGGGCCCACCAGCAGGCCUUUGAACGCCGCAAGCAGGAGCUGGGCCGGGAGAUGGUCACAGAGAAGAGUCGCAUAUUGCGCAAAGCAACGGAAGGGGGGACCUCCGCCGCCGCAUCAGCUGCUGCCGCAGCCGCAGCCGCCGCAGCCGCAGGAGCUACCAGCAGCGAGACAUCGCGCGAAGAUACGCCUCCUCCGCCUCCCCCACCACCGCCGCAAGUGCCCCAAUAUUAUCCCCACGACUUUCAGCAAGCAGACCCGCCGCCGCAGCCGCCGCAGCCAGAACACUCCGCUGGCGAAAGAGACCUCCCUGCAAGGCCUACGGGCGGUGCUGCUGGCGCGCGUUCCGCCGCGGCCGUGGCCGCCGACGCCGCCCGCCACACCGAUAUGGUGCUUCGCGCGCUGGGCCUCCACUCCCAGACCUCCAGCCCCCCCACCGCCACGGGGUCUUCCACUGCAGGGACCCGCGGCAUCCUCAACCUCUUCACACCACGUCACGGCCACAUCUUUGACUUCUUGUCCGACAGUAACCUUACUCCCGAAUCCAACUUCUCCUCCGUCACUACCAGCUCUGCGCCGUCACCGGAACGGCCCUUCUUCUUCCGUAAGGCGCCCGUGGUGGCUGUAGCGGAGGCUAUGGCGCCACCGGGGACUGCUGCUACUGCCGCUGCUGCCCCGGACAAGGACGCCAAUGCAACAACAACAACAACAACAACAACAACAGCCCGUGCACAGGAGCAGCUGGAGUCCCCGAGCACGACCGCAGUUCAGUCAGCGGAGCGCACUCAGGAGUCCGCAGCUGGCGGAUGGCCGCCGCCAGCCCGCGUUUCCCAGGCCGUCAAUGCGCCGCAGCGUCCGUCGACGGCGCCCGCCGCCGGCACCCCUCGUUCCGUCGUCAGCGGCACCGCCAGCUCCGACACGGUGACACAGUCUGGAGAUACACCUGUACCGCGAAGUACCUCAGCAGGCAGCGGCGCCGUCGGCAGAACAGGAGCCACAGCCGCAGCCUCGUGCAGUCAUAUUACCCCAGGCAGCUCCAGCUCAACUGGCGGCGGCGGCGGCUGCGGCGCAGCUUCUGCCUCCGCUAUCGCCGCCGCUGCCGCGGCGGCCGACAGGCCGAUUGGCUCCAGACGCAGUAGCUGGCCUUGGGGCCCGCUGUCGCCUCUGCACGAGGAGGGUUUGGUCCUGGCAGACAUGACUCCCUCCACAUCUCCCUCCAGCUUCCUGCCCCUCAUUACACCUUCCAGGGGGGGGGCCACGUCAGCGUUCUUAGGUUCCAGCAUGCAUGCCCCACCGAACCGUGGGCCCCUGGAGCAUUCCGCCGCGGCGUCAAUCACCGCCGCGGCUGCCCUGCAUCGUGCCGCCAUGGCUGCCGUAGGGGCCGCGUCCCCUUCCCGAGAACAGCAACAGCAUCAACAACAACCAAGACGACAGGAGCGCUCCGGAACCAGCAACGACCUUCGCGCCAUCCUGGGCGUGGACGAGCACGUCCAAUUGUACGGGCCCCCUGGCCAUCGCCGAGCGACCCUGCCCGCCGCGCACCACCCCGCCUUCAUCACCUCGGGCUCUUCUUUCUUGGAGAGCAGCUUGGAUGGGGCGGUGGGCCUCCAGUUGCUGCUGCAGAAGGCACAGCCCAAGUCGUGUCCUGGAGCUAUCGCACCAAGCGGGGCAGCUGCGGGCGCUGGAAGCGGCCCCCCGGGUCUGCAACAGCCCAAUCCAUGCCCGGGCUCCAGCCCAGCGAUGGCGGGUCUUUACAGCAGCAUGGAGGCGAGCGACCCGGCGGCCAACACAAGGUCGAUCAUCACCACGACGGAGACAACCACGACGACGUCCCCAAGCAACAGCUGCGCAGACCAGGGCGGCGGCGGUGGCGGCGGCACUGGCAGCGGCACGGACUUCAGCAGCGGCUCCUCGCCCUGGCCUCCGCCGCCUCCGCCGGGGUCCUCCGAGGUUGGCCUGGGCCUGAGCCUCGCCGGUCGGGGUCCGUUCUCCUCUCACAACUACUCUCCCGCAUCCACGGAAAUCCUGUCUGGCUCCGGUCCCUCCACAGCAUCGCUCUCGGGGCCGUCGGACGCAGGCGGUGCCGCCCGGCUCCUCGCCCUCGCCCCCGGGGGAGGGGCCCCCGCCUCUUCCAACCGAACAGGGACCGGCCCAGCUCGCUCCGGUGGUGCUGCACCCCGGCCGCUGGAGCCGUUUGCGUCUUCAAGCUCUGGGCUAUUUGGGGGAACGAGCUCCAGUGGCGACGCUGCCGGCGGCGGCAGCGGCGGUGCCGCGACACUGGCGUUCGGGUCGAGAUUAAGUCCACGCGGCGAGGCAGCGCGGAACAACAGCUCCAGCUCCGCAGGGUUCGCAUCGCUGCGGGCCAGCGGCAGCAGCAGCGGCGUUCUUCUGGGCGGCUUGGCUGACAGCGGCGCUGCGUCGCCGUCAAGUGCCGCAGCAGCGGCGGCAGCGCUGGCGGCAGCAGUGUAUAGCAGUUACAGCAGCGAUAUCACGAGCGACAGCGCUGGCGCUGACGUAAUGGCCAGCCUGCGCCCGCUUCUGGGCAGCGUCGCCGCGGCCCUAUAUGGAAGCAGCUCAAGUAGCGGCGGCACCGGCACCGGCACCGGCACCGGCGGCGGUGCCGGCAGCAGUAGCAGGAACCCCCCUGAACUCGGCCGAAGCAGUCUGACGCGCACGUCUAUAACCUCCACAACGGCCCUCUCAACCAACACGCCGGGCUCCAGUGACGGCUACCUACCGGGGAUGGGACCACUGGCGCUACGACUGAGCAAUAACGACAGCAGUAGCGGCCUAGCGGGCCUGUGGUCCGGAGCUCCGGCUACUGCCGCCGCCGCUGGGUCAUCCACAGGCGCUUCCACCGACGACGUGUCUGAGGUGCUGCGGCUGCUGCGACUGUCCGCCCAAGACGAUCUUGGUCUCCUGUCCUCCUCCUCGCAGGGGGGGUUUCCGCUAGUGCUGCCCAAGGGUUCCUAUUCGUUACAACAGCAGCACCACUCGCAGUCACAUGCAUUGCCGCUACCGCCUUUACCGCCGCCACCACCGCCACCGCAGCAGCAGCAGUGGCAGGACCCUGGCGGCGACGACGGCGGGCGAGGCGAGGCGGCGGAUCAUGGCCGCCGGAGGACUCACGACCAGGUAGCAGGGACGGAGGAGGAGGAGCAGCAGCAGCAGCAGCGAUUGUCCAGGGUGAUGCUAUUGCCAUCGAAUUUCUCCGACCCGCAUUCCAAGGCCUUCUUUCCGUUGGCGACCUCGGCGUCUGGUGGCCUGGAUGCGGCCUGGAGCAUGCUCGGACAGGGGGCCCCUGCAGGCGGCGCGGGGUUGGUGGGCCCUAUACCUUCAGUGGACGCCGCUGCGGGGGGGCAGGGUUUUGGCAGCUGCGUCGGCAGUAGCAACGGCAGCAGCCGCCACGGCAGCGAGCUGGGAGCGCCGCCCAAAGCCGCCGCAGAUUCCGCAGGGGGAGGUGGAGGAGGGGCUCCUAGGGCUACAGCUGCUGCCGCUGCUGCUAGGCCUGCAGCCUCGGUCGGCCGUGCAGCGUCGGGUGGCGGUUGCAGCGCGGCUCAAAGCGACGAUAAUGGCGAUGACGAAGCUGAAGAUGACGGCGGCGACGACGACGAGUACGACGAUGACGUGUCCAUUGCGGUUGCGGUUGCGACACCCUACCCGCUGGGGUCUCGCCCGUCGCCGGACGCUUCGCCGACGCCCGGCCAGGAUGAGCGGCCGCCGCCAGCUAACAAUGACGGUGUAAGAGGCGGACGGCAGUCAGGCGGCACGGCAGCUAAUUUAUCAGCGGACGGCGCCGCCAGUGAGCUGUUCGGCAGCAGCCCUAGGAACAGCAUCGGCGAGGGCUUUCUGGCCGGCGCACAACUUUACGUGAAGAAGGCUUUCGAGCCGUGCAGGAUCCCCACCACUCCCGGCGGCGUCAGCGACCUCAGCGCCGAGCUCCGGCGCAUGGGCCUGACCUGGGGCCACGGCGACGACUCCACGGCCGCUGAAAGCAUGUCGCCAAGCACCAUUACCGGCCUCACCAGCAUGUACGAUGACGAUGCGCCCAUGACGGUGGCGACCCACGCAAGCAGCGACACAGUGGAAGCACACGAACAUAACCGCCGCGUGCCAUGA